ACUCGGCCAUUGCCACCCGAGCGGCGAACCAUCCUGACCGAGCCCCUUUUUGUUUUUUUUUAUUUUAAUUUGUGAAACCAAGACGUCAGGAGGAUGAAUGAACAAGCCAUUUCUUUCGCCAAGGACUUCCUGGCUGGCGGUAUCGCCGCGGCCAUCUCCAAGACAGCCGUGGCCCCCAUCGAGAGAGUCAAGCUGCUGCUGCAGGUCCAACACGCCAGCAAGCAGAUCUCGGUGGACAAGCAGUACAAGGGCAUCAUCGACUGCGUGGUCCGCAUCCCCAAGGAGCAAGGCUUCCUGGCCUUCUGGAGAGGCAACCUGGCCAACGUCAUCCGCUACUUCCCCACUCAGGCCCUCAACUUCGCCUUCAAGGACAAAUACAAGAAGAUCUUCCUGGACGGCGUGGACAAGCGCAAGCAGUUCUGGAGGUACUUCGCCGGAAACCUGGCCUCCGGCGGGGCGGCGGGCGCCACGUCGCUGUGCUUCGUCUACCCCCUGGACUUCGCCAGGACGCGUCUGGCCGCCGAUGUGGGCAAAUCCGGAGGCGGGCGCGAGUUCAAAGGUCUGGGGGACUGCUUGGUGAAAAUCUCCAAGUCGGACGGCAUCAAGGGUCUGUACCAGGGCUUCAGCGUCUCAGUGCAGGGCAUUAUCAUCUACAGGGCCGCCUACUUUGGCGUCUACGACACCGCCAAGGGCAUGCUUCCCGACCCCAAGAACACGCACAUUUUCGUCAGCUGGAUGAUCGCUCAGUCUGUGACCGCCGUGGCCGGCCUGGUGUCCUACCCCUUCGACACCGUCCGUCGUCGUAUGAUGAUGCAGUCUGGACGCAAAGGAGCCGACAUCAUGUACAGUGGCACCCUGGACUGCUGGAGGAAGAUCACCCGCGACGAGGGCUCCAAGGCUUUCUUCAAGGGGGCGUGGUCUAACGUGCUGCGAGGCAUGGGCGGGGCCUUCGUGCUGGUGCUGUACGACGAGCUGAAGAAAGUUCUGUAACGUGUCACAUGUUGCUACAUUCAGACGGACUGAAACGCUACACAUCUAUUUAUCGGGACCAACUAGUAUUGGGCUACUAGUUGUAUCAGGUCGGCACUCUUUGUUGUUGUUGUUGUUUUGUUUUGGGCCACGUCAGAACGUCGUUCCCUUAAUGCCAGAAAACAGAGAAAGAGAAAUAAACCUCCAUCAUGGUCUUGA